CCCACGUCCCCUUCUGGUAGGAAAAUAGGCGAAAAAUUAUCUAGCUGUGCUAGCUAAUCGAUAGCUCGUUCCCGACCGUUUAAUCCACUGUGAAACCGUGUUCUUCGUGUGCACUCAGCUUGGUUCUAACGGCAGCAAUCGCGUUUGCCCGACAGAAUGGCCUUUUCGGUGCUCAAUUCGGUUGUCAAACGAGCGGCCUCAAAUGUUUACAUAACCAAUUGUUUGCUGAAAAACGGUGGAGCUUUAUAUAAUGCUCAGCAGGUGCGCAAUGCCGGAAAGUGGUUCCCGGAUCCGGAGUUCAUUCAGCAGUUUAAUUCGGCCGUUAUGUACCCGGAUGAUGUCACGUCCAAGUGGAAGAUUCCCCCAUGGAACAGCAAAAUUGCUCCGGUCGAGAAGACGGUUCGCAAUGUGAAACUGAACUUUGGUCCGCAGCAUCCGGCUGCCCACGGAGUUUUGCGCUUGGUGCUGGAACUCGAUGGAGAAACCGUAAUGAGGGCUGAUCCUCAUAUUGGACUGUUGCAUCGCGGUACCGAGAAAUUGAUUGAAUACAAAACGUACACCCAAGCUUUGCCGUACUUUGACAGGUUGGACUACGUCUCGAUGAUGUGCAAUGAGCAGUGCUACUCGUUGGCCGUAGAGAAGCUACUCAACAUUGAUAUUCCGCUACGUGCUAAGUACAUUCGAGUGCUGUUUGCGGAAAUAACUAGAAUUCUUAACCAUAUUAUGGCUAUCGGAACCCAUGGUUUGGAUGUGGGUGCGAUGACUCCCUUCUUCUGGUUGUUCGAGGAACGUGAAAAGCUAAUGGAAUUCUACGAACGUGUGUCCGGUGCACGUAUGCAUGCUGCUUACGUUCGUCCAGGUGGCGUUUCCCUGGAUAUUCCGCUAGGUUUGCUAGAUGAUAUCUUCGAGUUUUGUUCAAAGUUUGGAGAGCGUUUGGAUGAAACGGAGGAUGUUCUAACCACCAAUCGAAUCUGGGUUCAGCGCACGCAGGAUAUCGGUAUUGUAUCGGCGGAAGAUGCCUUGAAUUAUGGCUUCAGUGGUGUCAUGCUACGAGGAUCCGGUAUAAAGUGGGAUCUACGCAAGUCCCAGCCAUACGAUGCCUACCAUCUGGUUGAGUUUGAUGUACCGAUCGGAACGAAGGGCGACUGUUACGAUCGUUAUCUGUGCCGCUUGGAGGAGAUGCGUCAAUCGCUACGCAUUAUCGAACAGUGUCUGAACCAGAUGCCAGCCGGAGAUAUCAGAACGGAUGAUGCUAAACUGACUCCACCGUCUCGGGCGGAGAUGAAGAAUUCCAUGGAAGCGUUGAUUCACCACUUCAAACUAUUCACCCAGGGGUAUCAAGUCCCGCCCGGUUCUACCUACACCGCAAUCGAAGCACCGAAGGGAGAGUUUGGUAUCUAUUUGGUCUCGGAUGGUUCUAGCAAGCCGUAUCGUUGCAAGAUCAAGGCUCCUGGCUUUGCCCAUCUGGCUGCUAUCGAUAAAAUCGGAAGGCACCACAUGCUGGCUGAUAUUGUGGCCAUCAUUGGAACCCUGGAUGUCGUAUUUGGCGAAAUCGAUCGUUAGGUUUACGAUUCCGAUCGAGUGAAUAAGAAUACAAUGCACCUCGAAAAUAUAACGCAAAACAGGUGACAUGUAAUCUACUGUUAUGAGAAAAGUUAAAUAAACGAACGAAAAUCUUGGUAUCAAA